AUGUUGAACUUCAACAAAUCGCCACGUUCAUACCUCUCCUUUUCGGUUUUUCCUCACUCGCCCGCACGUCCUUCGGCCGCCUCCUUCCACGCAGCCCUGCCGCGAAACUCACCGUUAGCGAGCCCUCGCCGUCCGUCGGGUUACCUCAGCGUAGCCGCUUGCUCACACAGCAAUCCCGACCACUGCAUCGCCGUCGACCGAUUCUCGACACCACCACCCGCAAUCCACGUCGAGAAGCCUCUACCGCCGCCCGUUCACGCGAUCCCUCCUCCUCGCCGCCACCACCGGCGACCCACACGACCGCUCGUUCCCACCGUGCGCUGCCUCCUUCUACGUCAGGACCGGCCGCCGUGCAGCGGCUUUUCUCCCGGCCAACCCAUCUCUCGCAGCGCCCAUUUAUUGGGCGAGAACCCAAUAACAGAUUUUGCCAUAUCAAAACUGACACGUGUCCCCUGCUGCUGCACAUUUCCGAUUAUCCCGAGCGACGACGCCGUUGGGGCAAACGCCAAACAGAAGGUCCCCGAUGAAUCCACCGGAAUCAUGUUCCCCGUCCCCAUACGGAACGCGUCCCUCAGCGAGUUGUACGCCUCCGUCUGCAGCCUCGUGACGGCAGUCCCGGAGUCCACUAUGACGCCGCCACUUCCGUCCUCGCCUAACCGGAAGGUCUCCGGCGACGCUCAUCCCAACCAGAUCCACGUAGUAGAAGGUGUCCAGCUUCGAGUUCCGAACCAGAGACGCCGCCACGGCGUCGGGCGGCGCAGCCGCGUUGAACUCCAGCGUCGACGCCGAGUUGGAGUCGCGGUCGACAAGGCAGUAGGAGAAGGAGGAGGCGUUGAUCUGAGAGGGGAACGACAGGGGGCCGCCGCCCAAGCCAAUUAG